CUAUAAUCUCAUGUCGUGGACAUCAUAACAAGCUGGAAGCAGGUUUCAUGCAGACGUUAACUGUCGAGUAUAUUAAACUUUUUCCACCCUAAAAGUAGUAGAAUCUGACCGUUCAGGGUCAGAAAAAAUAAUGUUUUAGCAUUUUGCUACGACAUUUAAGUUAUACCUACGUUUGCAAGAAUAUCUGAGGUUUAUUGCGUUUUUAUUGUCAUCGAACUUUUUAUGAAGUUGUGUUUUCUAUUUUGUCAUGAUCGAAAAACUGGAGCAUAUUAACCAAGAUUGCUUUUUUGAAGGCACUGAAAAGCUGCUAGAAAUAUGGUUUAAAAGUAGUUUGGAGAUAAUAGGAGGAGAUUUACGAAACAUUCCUAGAUUUGAAUUGGAUGCCAUGCUGAAGAUUGUUAAUGCAGAAAUAGUUAGUGUCAAAAAAAAUGAGUUUAUUGAUUCCUAUGUUUUAAGUGAAAGCAGCAUGUUUAUUUCCAAAGAUCGGUUCAUAAUAAAAACAUGUGGUAUUAUAACACUUUUGGAAUCAGUCCAGCAAAUUCUAAGACUUGCUGAAAAGUAUGGCAAAAUGUCUAUUGUUCAGAACUUUUUUUACUCUCGGCGUGCUUACCUUCGUCCAAACGAUCAAAUUGGAAUUCAUAAAACCUUUAAUGAAGAAGUAAACUACCUCAAGCUUUUUAUUCCAUAUGGAGCAGCUUACUCAAUGGGACUAAAUGAGAGUAGUAAGUGGUAUUUAUUUACCACAGACAAUCCUCAUGAAGGUCCACAAGCAUGUGAUGCAACCCUUGAAAUACUUAUGUCUGAUUUAGACGAAGAGACUAUGCUCCAAUUCACCAAAAUAAAAAAUCCCAACUCCGAAGAGUUGAUACGGAACACUGGCAUCUCGAAGAUUAUACCUGGAUCUGUGAAUGACGGUCUUGUAUUUGACCCGAUGGGUUUUUCUUUAAACAGUCUGUUUAGAGAAAGUUACUACACGAUUCAUGUUACUCCUCAGCCAUUUUGUUCUUAUGUAAGUUUCGAAACAAAUAUUCACUUGAAGGAUUACGAUAAUUUGAUCAAUCGUGUCUUGCGUAUUUUCAAACCAGGAAAUUUUAUUAUCACGUUCUUUCAAAGCAAGGUUUCUUCAAGUGGGACAGUGUCUGAAUUUAAGGAUAAAAGUUUUAUAUCAGGAUAUGUGUGCGAUGACACUUCUAAUAUGCAAUUAAAAAACUACUCGUGCACCUACAUGCAUUACGUUAGCGAAAAAUGUUGUAUUAAUUAAAAGUAAUACUAUACACGUGUAGAUAAAUAUAAAUUAUAAAAUAAUUGUAAUAUAGUAAA